AUGGCGAAUAAAGCCCUCAUCCCCUUCCUGGUCACGAUGAUGCUCGUGACCGGGGUGUGUAACACCAUUCUCAACAAGUAUCAGGAUAUGCAAUGUGUGCGGAAUUGUGACUCGCCCGAUUCCAGUCAGCGGAAGCUGUUCGAGCAGCCAGUCAUCCAGACAGCCACAAUGUUCCUCGGCGAAAUGGGCUGCUGGGUAGUUGUCGGCGCAAACUUCCUCUACCGCCAAUACAUCGCUCCACGUCUAUCCAGUGGCUCCUCACCGCUCCUGGCGGGCGGAUAUCGCCCAAUAAACGGCGACGACGAGGGCAAUGAUUCCGACGCCGACCACACAAUCGAUGGACUUGACACCAACGGCAGACACCCGAAGCCCCUACCGGAAGAUGACAACCGUAUCCCCCUACGCGGAUGGAAGAUCUUCUUCCUUGCAGCGCCGUCAAGCUGCGAUAUCGCCGGCACGACACUCAUGAACGUUGGUCUGCUUUUCGUCGCAGCGAGUAUCUACCAGAUGACGCGCGGUGCUCUCGUCCUCUUUGUCGGUCUGUUCAGUGUACUCUUCCUCCGCCGCAAGCUCCACCUAUACCAGUGGUCCGCCCUCUUCAUCGUCGUCCUCGGCGUCGCUAUCGUCGGACUCGCUGGGGCUCUGUUCAGCGGCGACUCAGGCCACGAGAUUACGCAGGAUGGUAGUACUGCCGACGUUGCCUCGCUUGCUAUCAUGCGGGCGCGUGCUGUCGCCCGCACCUCCGAGGCUGUGCUGGCUAUCCUUGGUGUGCUGCUUAUCGCGGCUGCCCAGAUCUUCACGGCCUCGCAGUUCGUGCUGGAAGAGUGGAUUUUGGAGAAUUACGCCAUGGACCCUAUUCAAGUUGUGGGUUGGGAAGGUGUGUUCGGCUUUUUGGUCACUGCAGUCGGAAUGAUAGUCAUGUAUUUUGCUGUUGGCCGGACCGAUGCCGGUCGUUAUGGCUACUUCGAUAUCAAGGAGGGGUUGCACCAGGUGUUUAGUAACCGGGUCGUUGCUAUUUCAAGCAUCUUCAUCAUGAUCAGCAUCGGUGGCUUCAACUUCUUCGGUUUGUCCGUUACCCGCACCGUCUCCGCUACUUCUCGUAGCACAAUCGACACCUGCCGCACCCUCUUCAUCUGGCUUGUCUCGCUGGGACUCGGCUGGGAGUCCUUUAAAUGGCUCCAAGUUCUCGGCUUUGCACUCCUUGUCUAUGGAACAUUCAUGUUCAACGACAUUGUCCGCCCUCCGCUCAAGGCUUGUUUGCCUCGUGACCGGAGAGAGGGACAGGUGUUGCUCCCCCAAGACCCUAUUGAGCACAUCUAA